AUGGAGGUUCCUGAUGCCCCCAACGACAACGAAGCCGAUGAAGCGGAGCUGGCACAAGUGCUGCAGGCAAAAAAGCAGCAAAUAGAUGCCUAUGAGGACCAGCUUAAAAAAUUGAAGGAGGAGAUGGAACCCCUUCUCAGUGCACUGAAAGCCAAAAUUGAAGCGCGCCGACAAAAAGAGGCAGCUGAGAAGGAGGAACAACAGCAACAACCAAAGCCCGCUACCAAAAUCACUGGAGCGGAGCAAAAAAUGAAGACUUUACCAGCAGUGACAGGCCCAAUGCUUGAGGGCCCAUCCACCUCGAGUAAGGCCAAGCAGCAACAACAACAAGAGCUACAAGCAAGGCAGCAGCAGCAGCAGAAACACGAACGUGGUUGUGGUGGUGAUGGUAAUAGUAAUGGUAAUGUUAAGGGUGGUGGCUUUUAG